AUGGCACCCAAAGAAGAGGUAUUCCAUAUUCAUCCAUUCGGAUGGGAAAAUGGUCCCGAAGAGGAGAGGUUCAAAGUUUCUACUCUGGAUUACCUCUCAGUCAUCACUUAUAACAAUUAUGCAUUGUUCUUCAAGAUUGACGACGCGGCCAAGCCUCGGGCUGUUGAAAUUAUGAAGCAAGGCCUUGCGAGGACUCUUGGUCAGGCAAAGCAUCUAUGUGGCACUAUUGAAAAGGAUCCUGGUGGUGGCCACUCGUACGUGAGCAAGAAGAAUAGCACCGCCCGCUUGUUCGUACAGUGGCUCGAUGCACCAGAAGAUGCUGACAAAUACCCGUCCAUCGACGAUAUUGAGAAGGCGAACUUCAGUGCGGUGCCGCUUGGUGACCUCAAACUCUGGAGUGUUAAUCCAAUGACCUAUGGCGAGAAGCCCGAGGCUCACCCUGACGCUAGCCCUAUCGUGGCUGCAUUCAAGAUGAACUUUAUCAGGGGCGGAUUAGUCUUCAAUAUGCAUCACCAUCACUACUCUAACGAUGUCAUGGGCUGGGCCGGCUAUACUCGUCAACUAGCGGAAAAUUGUUACGCUGCCUUACACAAGACUCCCUUUCCAGCCUGGGAUCCCAAGAACCAGGAUCUUUCGCCCUUCAUUAAGACAGAGCCACCUGAAGAUCAGAAGGUGGCUGGGCCUCCGGCACCAGAACGCCAUCCCGGUCACAUUCAAGGAGUGUCUCUGCUCUUCCACUUACCCAAGAGCAAAGCGGCCGAGUUGAAGAAGCUGGCCACGCCAACAGACGGGUGGAUCUCUACCUAUGAUGCCUUCUCUGCUUUUAUAUGGCGUACGGUAACUCGUGUGCGUACCCCUAUAUUUAACCCGGAUCCAGCAUCAAAGAUGUUCUGGGCGGAGGCCAUCGACAUGCGCAGGCGCUGGCACAGCGUCCCUCCACGAAUUCGGGGCAAUGUCAUGUUCGCAGCUCUAUCCACAACCGCCCCUGUCACACAGCCAACAAUAGCUGAGGUUAUUUCAGAGUGGCCGCUGUCCAAGAUAGCCCAGUAUGUGCGCCAGAUGACGGCCAGUGUGACUCAGGAGGCCCUUGACAAAACGUUGGACAUGGUGGCUACAGUUCGCGACAAGACAAGCCUUAAUAUCCGUAUAGACUCCCUGCCACCCAUGUCGAUUCUUCAGACCGACCACCGGGAUGCUAGCAUAGCCUCGACUGACUUUGGCUUCGCAAAGGCCAUUACCUAUCGCCACCUUACAGAUCGUAUUACUGAAGGUGUCAUCAUCAUUUACCCGCCCCGCAGCAAUGACCCAGAGUCAGAUGAGGGCCCAGAAGUGUCCAUCUUCUAUGAGAAGAGAUUAGCACAGACUCUUAUCGAGGACCCUGAGUGGAACAAGUACUUUGAGUUCAGAGGUGUUGAUGCUGAGGAUGCUACUGCUGCAACUGUUCUCAACUAG